AUGCCCAAAAUCUUGGUAAUUCAAAACAUAAAUUACAACCACGUUAUUUGAGGCUUAAGAUUUGCCAAUUUGACUGAUGAUCCACGUCUCAGAUUCCUAUUUUGGAAAGGAAUCUGCGUCGAAUCCGUUGUAGAUUUCAUACUCGUUCCGGCUGGAAGCACUCGAGGAGAAGAGCACUCCUUCUGUUCUCCUGGUAAAGCAUGAGCUUUUAAACGAGCCCCGGGGAUAUUUAUACAGCGAUAAGUAUCUCGCGAUCGGCGGUCACCAAUGGCUAAAAACAAACCUGGACGUGGUCCCGGAGUCUGGUUGGUCCGUGGACCCGUUUGGUCACGGUGGCACCAUACCGUACUUCCUGAAAGUUUCCGGAUCCUCUGGCACGGUGAUCCAGAGAAUACACUACGCGUGGAAGCAGUGGUUCGCGAAGAAACAGUACGGUGACUUCGUCUGGAUGCAGCCGUGGGAUCAGACUGGCAGGGCUGAUAUGUUGACACACAACCAGCCGUUCGAUAUCUACAACAUCAAACACUCAUGCGGUCCGCAUCCUCACGUCUGCCUGAACUUCGACUUUAGGAAGAUUCGCGGGGAGUAUACCGAGUACUCGGUCAGGGCGGUAGAGAUCACGCCUAAUAACGUGAAGCAGAUGGCCGAGCUGCUUCUGGAGCAGUAUUCCAGGACUGGAUCGUUGUUCACGCACAACGUGGUGCUAAUGCCGCUCGGGGAUGAUUUUAGGUACGACCAUGCUAUUGAGUGGGACCAACAAUACACCAACUACAAAAUCCUAAUGGACUACAUCAACAGCAGGAAAGAGGAGUACAACGCGGAAGUGGUGUUCGGUACUCCUAAAGACUACUUCCGCGAGGUGAGGAAACGCGUCGACGAUUUCCCAACUCUGAAGGGCGACUUCUUCGUGUACUCUGACAUCUUCAGCGAGGGCAGACCAGCCUACUGGAGCGGCUACUUCACCACAAGGCCGUACAUGAAAAUCCUGGACCGUGAGUUAGAAGCGAACCUCCGAUCAGCUGAGAUCCUCUACACCAUAGCUCUAAACGUGGCCAAACAAUCCGGCAAAGAUUUCAUGCUGUACGAAACUUACUUCGAAAAGUUGGUAAAGGCUAGGAGAAAUUUGGGCCUCUUCCAACACCACGACGCCAUCACUGGCACCUCCAAGUCCUUCGUUAUGAAGGACUACGCCCUAAAACUGUUCGAAUCUAUCUCAGACACGACCAGUCUCCAGAGUUUCGCCAUUCAGUCUUUAGCUGGAAGCACUAGCAAACCUAAUUCCGUGUAUGUUCUGGCUGAGUCGGACAGAGACAGCUACGAGAAACUACCAAAGAAAAUACCCAUUGGAAUAAACGGUCAGGAGACCAAGAAAAUAGUCCUGUUCAAUCCUCUGGCUCAACCCAGACAGGAGGUGAUAAGUCUGAAAAUCACUUCCUACAAAAUCAGAGUCCUAGACCCGCAGAAGAAUCCCAUCUCGUAUCAGAUAGCUCCGGUAAUGAAUGCCACGAGUAUCACUCACGACGUCUACGUUCUAUUGUUCAUGGUGGAGCUGAAACCUCUGUCCAUAGCUACGUAUCAUCUUCAACAGAUAGAUAAAGUGCCCAUGGAAGCUAUUUCCACGGUGUACUGCAGCAGAUGCGGCAAGGACAACGUGUUUCCUAUCAAACCCAUGCAAGUAGGCGACGUUCAAUUGGAAAACCAGAGGAUGAAACUGUUGUUCGAUGGUCAAACUGGAUUCCUGAAAAGAGUGACCAAGAAAGCGACAGGUAAAAUCAUGCAGUGCGCCGUUCAGUUCGCUGCCUAUCCGUCCGCGCAGUUCCACAGUGGGGCUUAUUUGUUCAUGCCCGAUCCCAACCUUCGAGACAUCGAUAAGGACGUCCUCGAAGCGUAUACGCCUCAUCAGAAGAUCUACAUCGUCAGUGGAAGCCUCAGUUCGAGGCUGACAGUUGAGUAUGGAAAGUUGUUAACCCAUCACGUGGCCAUCUAUCACAGAGACGAUGGUCUCGGCGAGGCUAUCUACUUGAGGAACAUCGUGGACUUUGAAACUCCGCCAAAGAAUCGCGAAACAGAGAUGUUCAUGCGUCUGCAGACCGAUAUUUUGAAUGGCGAUCCUCCAGAGUUUUACACAGACUUGAACGGCCACCAAAUGAUUAAGAGGACGAAGAUAGAGAGAAUUGGCAUCGAGGGUAACUACUUCCCCAUCACCACCAUGGCCUACAUCGAAGACACCAAUCACAGGCUCACUCUGUUAGUAAAUCACUGCCAGGGAGCAGCCAGUUAUCAACCAGGCUGGCUGGAAGUAAUGUUAGACAGAAGAACAUUGUACGAUGACUCGAGGGGAAUGGGUGAGGGUCUUCUAGACAAUCGUAGAACCGUGAUCAAACACUGGUUGCUAUUAGAAGACAUCACCGGGGAGAAAGAUAAAUAUUCCAAGCCUUCCCUUUUCGCUAAUCAUCUUAGCAACGCUCUCAAUUACCCCGUAAAUAUUUUUGUGGUGGACGGUACGGAAGGCGAUAUAGCGAUGGCGCCAGAGGUUAGGCUAUUAAGUCAAAGCUUCCCCUGUGACCUACACCUGUUAAACCUUAGGACCAAUCACGACCAGAAACUGCCACACUUCCCUGUGAACAGUGCUCUGAUGGUGCUACAUAGGCAAGGUUAUAGUUGCUCCGUGGGCGUGGACGUUGCUAUGAAACACUGCCCGCUGACGGAGAAGAUUGGUCAAGGAACGUCGUUCUUCAAGUUAGCGAAUCUCAAUGUGACGAAGACCUCGUUGACUGGCACCAAGACGAAGCACAGGUUGAAGGAUGGUCUGCAAGAAGUGAGUCUCCAGCCCAUGGAACUGGAGACGUUCAACGUGAACUUCGUCCAAUGAUCGUAAGCCCAAACAGAAGCGUUUGCCUGCCUUCUAAACAGAAUACUGCCCUGGCAGAUGCUACCUCUUCGAGUCUUCGUGCAAUCCACUGGAAUCAGAAAUAGAGAGAGUGAGAGCGAAAGGAAUCGCCCUGUAGAUAGCGGUGGAACCAUGUUCUUCUUACCCCCAUUUUUCAUCUUGUGUUCCAUGGUCAAUUCAGUGUACAUACUUGGACGCCGCGGUGACCUUGACUGUAUUUGCACCAGUGUACAUACAUUCACACAUAUACCAGGCCAUCGCACCGUGCUCUGUUCUAUCUUUUAGUUGGGUUUCCAAUUAGGCAGGCAGAGACAGGAAGGGAGAGUUCACGUAAGAAGAAAAAUUAUACAGACUCGCUGUGUCCUCUGACUACACGUACGGAUUCACAAUGAUUUCCCGUGUUCCUCGGAUCACUUCAAACCGACUGUAGGUAACACUGUAGGUAGUCGAAACUCGUUCCUGAAGCCCGGUCUUUGCCUGUGGAACCAUUCGAACGUGUCUACACUGGUCAAUUUCUAUAGCCAGAUUGUUCAAAGGGACCGCCGGCCGAGACCCGGCUUAAGAAGCAUGCCAAAAUCGACUGACGACACAAUCAAAUGAUCAAAGUGCAUUACAAACUAGUAAUCUGUACAAAGGUAGAGAUUCAGCUCGCGCGAGGCGCAUGGGAAUAAUGUGGAUUAUGGUGAACAAACAGGGUGCUCCACUUAGCCGAAGCGUUUGAGCAACUUUGUAGCUGAAGUUAUUUUCGAAAUUGUUUAUUGAAGUGUUUGUUAGUGAAAAUUGCUUAAAAAAAGAUUUUAACAAAUUUUUAGCUCUACGAGUCCAUAGGACAAAAUAAUGGAUUUAAUAAAUUUCAUCGAUAGCUUUAGUUCUAGAUUUUUAAAUAUUGACUAUAUUGAAAUAAUAAUAACAUUUGCCUUUUUUCUUGUAUUUAAAAAAUGAAGAAGUAUCGUAUAAUUCUACUUGAUUAGAAGAUAUAUUCUACGAGAAUACAUGACGUAUAAAUUUCUUUUGAAGAAAGCUUUUCAAUUAUAUAUUGUCCACAAAUAUUUAAAAGAUAUAUGAAACAUCUAAAUUCUUAUAAGUUGUCUUGGGCAUUCCAGAAUUCUUCCAAGAAUGUGUAGAUCACCUCACGUAGCAUAGUGAUAGGAUGAUUUAUAAAAUAUACAUCAAACGCUGAAGCCAAGUGAACCCACCGUGUGAAAUACUAUAAAUAAUAUAUUAUAUUGUACAUAUCAAACCAGGACUUUACCUUAGACCGUAUAUUGUGAUAGCGUGAGAUAUAUAAUGUAAAUGGUAUACACCUAUUUUCAUAUGCAAAACGUUAUACAAUAAGACUCUCUCUUCCUUCUCCGGGCAGAACGGAAGAUAAAAGGAAACGAAGUCAAUCGCCAGACACCACUGGCGACUUGUAACGCUCUUCCAAUUCUAGCGAGGACACGAUUUAGUUGAGCCUGAAGACUGGAAAGUACCUAUUUUUUACUUUUGCUAAGCGAAUCUGGCUGGAGAGGCGAGAAGGUUCGAUCAGGCGUCCGCUGUACGACUGACUCAUGUAAAUAUUAGAUUAAUUAGUAAGGGAGAAAGCGUCGUACGGGUUCCACGCGAGUUCUCUAAGAACCUAAUCUGCCAUUGAAGCACGCAUAUUGGCCAAGGAGGAAGUUAGGUUUCAGUUUUCUCGUCACUAGGUUACCUCAACAGCUCAUCGAGACUAGAUUAGCGAGUGAAGACGUUUGUUGUAACGAUUGUUAAGCUUUCUUAAUUUUAGAUGUUGAAUAUUAGUAAUUUUUAUAAAUUUUAUCGACGACUCUUUAAAAUUAGAGAUAUCUUAAAUGAAGUAUCAGGAAGAAAUGUUUCGAAGAUUUUGAAAUUUACAAAUGUUAUUUUAUAUAAUUGGUUGGCUAAAGCGAUUGUAAAAGUUUAUUUCGAUCAAUAUUCGUGAACUUUGAGGGAGACGUAUGGCUAAGAAUAAUUUCACCGAACGAUCCCAACAACAGGGAAUUUUAUUCCGCUGCUAGUUCUGUUUUGCAAGGGAUUGCGAUGCAAACGAUGCGGCUCGGUGCAUCUGAAAUUAAGCUCGGCUUAUUGAGCCUCCUGGUUUUUCGAUUCGGGAACUCGGUGAAUUGAAUGAUGUAUACAAGAAAAUCCUCGACGGUGUGAUUGGAAGCAGCUCCUAGUAAAAAAAAAAAGAGAAAAAAAAACCCUAGAGAUAAAAAGCUCUAAUUCCCUUUUAACUUUAACUCUAACUCUACUCUUUUAUCUUUUUUUAGUUCUAUUUUCUACCAAAAAAAGAAAAAAGAAACAAAAAUAUAAAUUAGUAUCUAAUAUUUCAUAACGUUAAGAGAAAUCGAAGUACAAUUCUUUUUUAUGAUCUUUCGAAAACUGGUACCAAUUUUCGAAGGAAAAAACAUAACACACCAAUUGGCGCAGCCUGCCUCCAAGUGGGCCAACUGAAGAAAGUAAAAUACCAAGACGUGUGAUUGUUGAAUGCCGCUGUGGCCGCCAGGAGAUUCGCGUUGGAACACCGAAGAAUUAGAUUAAAAAAAAAAAAAAAAAAA